AUGUCGCUCUCCCCAGGUACUCGCGAUGAGUACAUUCCAAUCAUUGAUUCGAUUUUGUCAAAAAGCGAUCUAAAUACGAUCUCAGAGAAGCGCAUUCGCAAAGGUCUCCAGGAUGAAGUCGGCUAUGACCUUACCCCGCAGAAGGUUGCCGUCAAGCAGCUCAUCAUGGAAAGAUUCGACAUCUUUGCCGAGAAGAAGGGCAUAGGUGCAGAAAAUGGCGAUGAACAAGACCCUGAUUCCGCGACGCCUGUGGAACCCUCCUCCCCCUCUCAAUCUUCGACUGCACAGAAACGUCAGGCAGAUAGCAUUGAUUCUGAUGAUCGCUCGAGCAAAACUCCUCCGCCCAAGAAGCAGAAGCCGAAGCAUGAUAUCGACGCGGAUGCGCUUUAUGCCGCGAAGCUGCAAGCCGAGGAGAAUAUGCGAGCUCGCAGUACACGAGGCGCCGGCACGCGUAAAGGGCCACCGACAAAGAAGAAGAGAACAACCACAAAGACGUCGAAGAAGGUUAAAGCAGAGGACGAUUCAGAUAUUGGCUCUGGCUCGGAGGCUGGAAAGAAAGUGAACCGUUCAGGAGGAUUUCACAAACCUCUCAAUCUUUCACCAGCACUUUCGGCAUUGCUUGGUGGUGAGACGAUGCUUUCGCGGCCCCAGGCUGUGAAGAAACUCUGGGCGUAUAUUCACGAGAACGAACUUCAGGACCCCAGCGAUAAACGCCAGAUUCGUUGUGACGAUGCUAUGCGCGCUGUCUUUAAACAAGACCGUAUACACAUGUUCACGAUGACGAAGAUCCUCAGCCAAAACCUAUACAGCCCCGACGAAUAG